CACUGAUCUGUGGUUCAAAUUCGAAAAUUUUGAGUUCGAACGGUUGUUUACAAAUUAGGCAGAUGACUUCAUCAAUAAAAUUUGAACAGAAUACUACACUUGUUAAUUUUAGUUAAACAUUUCACCUGAAUAAUUUAUAACUUGAUCAGAGAUGCCGUCAGUGUUUACGUUCUCUCGUAGUGAUAACGAGAUCCUCCAGGCGUUGUUGAGGCUCUUCAGUGUGCGCGGUACAGCCAGGGAGCAACGCAGCCUGCAGGCCGAGCUGUUAGUUGAGCCCGUAGGCUGGGACGCACUAUGGAAAUUGUCCAAAAACUUCUGUAAAUUAUUUGAGGUUCGGUUUCCCUGCAUUGCGUAUGUGUCAGUGACCUCGGUAGACUUCGAAGCACUCUCAGCUACUGUGGAUGUCCUGAGCGUACAGCAUGAGGCUGUUUCAUUACCGGAGAUGGUUGAAGAUGUACCACUCAUAGAAUUGUGGCCAACAGUCAAACAAAGGGAGAAAUGUGUUGAUGCAUUAACAACAGCAGAGUUUAUAGAUUUACUGAGAUUUUAUUACAAUGACCUUUGGAUGCCAUGGGAUGAUCAAGAUGACAAGGAGCUUCUUCCAAAAACUAUUGAGGAUAGAAUGUCACUAUGGUCCGAUUUACACAAUGGCACCAUACCACAAUGUGUUGCAAGAUCCAUCACUUUGUUGAGAAUGAGUGCUAUUAAUGCACAUGAAAACUGGAAAAAGUUGGAUUCCUCGCUUUGUGAAAGUGGUUUAGCUGAUGAGGAUGAUUCCCUGUUACCUCCAAACUACAUAUCGCUCUGUGCAGAAAUGAAUGCUCGCUUAGAUGGGCUCAUGUCCAAAUGGACUUUGUAUGAGAACCCCCUUAUCAGAGAGCAAUACCUUAACAAAAUGAGGAGUAGGUGGCAGAAACAUAAAAAUAACAAAAAUGUUGUAGCAUUAUGGCAGGGCGGUUCCCUAUUUGAGUUCGAUGAAAUCUCCAAAUUCCUGAAGUCACGUCUGACCAACGACCAGACGUUAACAGUAAUGGUUUCUGCAGACGAAGCGCUUGCCUUGGAACCUGAGGAGGUGGUGGUGUGCAGCAAACAGUACGAAGUGCCCGAGAUGCCUUUGUCACAUAUAUCCAUUUGUAGUUUUAACGGUGCAACUUUGAAAGCGCCAGAUAUGCGAUCCUGCCUCCUGAUGCUGAGUGAAGACUGUAAACUGAAAGAACUCACACUACACUGCGCUUUAGUAAACACUGUAAUAGUGAUGCGAUCCGGACGACUACAUAUAGAUCACUGUACACUGUUAGACGAUUCCAGCAGCUCGCAGAGUGACUUCGCUCAGGGCGUGGUUGCUAGGGAGGGGGCAAAAAUUCUUAUAGAAAAUUGCACUUUUGACAAUUUCUAUUCAGGCAUCGUAGUUCAUAAAGGGGCACAGGUGGAACUACGCAACUGUGUAUUAAAGAACUGCGGCGUCGGCAUACAGAUGUACUCCGGCUCACAGGUGUCUAUAAGCGGAAGCACAAUAAAGAAAUGCACCGAACAAUGUAUACGAUGCGAAGUGGACGACAACACGAAGGAUUACACGCAAAUGGAGGGCCUAAAAAUAUCACAAGAUUGCAAAAUAGGAUCUGGAAAAAAGGAAGACUUUUUAAUAGUACAACAAGAUUUAGUUUAAUCUAGGUUCUUAAUAAAAAAUAUCUGUUAAAACGUGAUGUAUUCUAUUAUGUUUUGAUUAUAGUAAUGGAGGGUUUAUUAAGUUUAUAAUAAAGUUCUA